AUCCGCCAUGGAUAGCAGCUCAACAUGGUCAGAUUAUCAUGAGCUCUGAAAAUCAAACAUUGACAGCCCUCGAGACAACCCAUGCGCACCAAUUGACCGCCCAACCGACCCCGGACGACAUGCCUGCAGUAUGCAGACACUUUGGUCUAGGGUCGCGCAGGCGCAAUCGACCUGUCGUUGCCGAGUAUGCUUACAACCCGCCAACGCGUUAGCGAGGCGGUCGACCACAGCAGCUUCGCGACGAAGGGUGACGGGUGCCGACUUGUUCACGGCCUGCUAUACGACGAUUCUGGGCACGGCGGUUGUGAUAGAUUCCAAAAGGAAGGAUGCUCGGAGGAAAGAGCUGGAUGACAAGUUGGAAAAGGCCAGAGCCUCGAUGAGCAGUCUGGCUGUUCAGGAAGCAGCGUUUCUGCCCGAAGAAUAUGGGGCCCCAAUAAGUACGAGCGAUGAAAAAACGAACAUUCAGAUACCAUCAGGCACAAAGGCAGAACCGACGGACUUUUUGGGCCUGCUCGAUGAAUUGACGCACACUGCUUCCGAGACCUAUGUUCCUCGCCAACGCUCUAGUUGGCCCAAACAUGAGGUUGAUUGGGUGCAGGUGGAAGCUGCAAUAACAGCUGAAGAGAAGGACGAUACUGUGGUGCUUCGACAUCCAAAAGAUCAAGGACAGUUAGAGAAGACAACACGUCAGAUCGAGUCACUUGUCCAGACUCUUCUAUGGCGGGCCAGGAACCCGGCAUGUCCAGACGCGCCUUCUGAUAGCACAACAGCCGGUACCAACUUCCUGGAAGAGGCCGAAAAGCUGAUGGGAAGUUAUCCAAGCUAUUCAAGUCCCCACAUCGAGCCUGUAGCUGCGAGCGAUGCUCGUCUUCAUCUCAACGAGACGUUCCGGAACAUUUUCAAUAAGGCUACCGACGCUCAGGAAACCGUGGGCAAGAUAUGCUACAAUUUGCUGGUCUCUAGCUCCCCCCCGAAUAUUCACAACUACAACGCCUUGAUCGCGGGUUUCAAUCGUAUUCAACGACCCGACCUGGCGCAGGCUGUAGUCGAUUCCUAUCUCAAUAGGUCGAAGUGGCCACCGACACAACAAACACUCGUAUGCCUUCUCAGUCAUGCUAGCAUUAAUCAAAACAUCGAUCUCUUUCGUGAGAUUGUAGGCCGCAUGAGGGGAGUAAUCGAGGACGGAAUGCAUAUUCGCAUCUUCCACAAGGAUGCCAUUUGGAACGAGGCCGGCGAGAAGUGGGCUCGCGAAAAAGCCGCCUUUCGAAAAAACAGCUAUGUGGAAAGGGCGCACCGCGAGCAACACGUUUUCAACAGCCUUAUUCGGGGAUGGCUUCGUCUCGGUAAUAUUCAAGCUGCCUGCAUGUCCUUUGUAGCUUGUGUUCGGCACGACUACAUAGUUCCGACUGACACGAUAUACGAGCUUCUCACAGAGUGUCUAUUGUCCCUGAAUCAAAUUAACGUCAAUACUAUGUUUAACCGGUUAACGAAGGAUCUUGAGCAGUUCGCAAAGCUGCUGGACCACAUUGCUACCGAAUCUACAGAACAUAUGGCUCAGAGGAUAGCGGGAUUGUUAUCUGCCCUGGCUGAUCUACGCCAAUUCAGUUAUAGACCAUUCGUCGGCAACGUCCAGGAGGAUUGGAGACAGAUGCUGCAAUCUUUCUCUGGUUACUUCAAGGCGGACAAUUUGAAAACCAACAAUGACCUAAGGCCAGUUAUCCGUGUCGCAGGUCUACACAAGAAAGUCCAGGAUCUGGAGGAGAAGGCAAUGUUGAUGGAUGCUCACGUUAAAGCCGCAACUAUAAGAAUUAUGACGGGGUACGACGUUGGUGCCUCGGCUCGCCUACCACGCCCAGGGUGGAAGAUUCCUGCGUAUCAGCAUUUCGAUUCUGCUUUACUUCGUGCCCUGCAGGCUAUCGACCUCACAUCUGACAUCUCGACAAUCAAUGACGUCAAGGCACAACUACUCGACAAGCUGCCCGAUCAGACACUAGCUCCGAAGCUUCGGGCAGCAGCAGACCUGGACAGGUUGAAUUUCAGGUCGCUUGUUAGUUUUUACCAUCCACUUAAUAAGUCUGCCAGAAGCCACACGACUGAGGCCGGCCACAACAUUGGUCGGAUUGCAGGACAGGCCGCCGAGAUAAAGGACAAUAUCAGGACGAUCCUGUUCUGCUAUUUGACAACUUCCAAACAGCAAGCCUAUAGAACCUUAUACCCGGAUUGGUACAAAAUGCCGGUCCAGAGGCUACUCAAGCAUUCUUGCCACGUGCUAGCACGCCAGGUUCGGGCACAACAGAAGGUCAAGGCCAGCGCGUCUCUAUUAAUCUCAGGACAAGUGGAAGAGGAGGAGCUUGAUAGCUCGGAUGAAGGACAACAACAAACGUUGUCAGGUGCUAGUGAAGCUUCAUCGACACAAACAGAUACAGAGAUACCAAUUCCUGUUGCAAAACUGGAAACACCGGUAAUGCCGUUGUCCGCACAACAGUUGUGGUCAGACGAGCAUGUAAGAUACCAGCCGCUUCGGGCUAAUUGCAGUUGCAACCACUAGAAAUUCUCACGAAGAAUUGUAUGUAAAUAUCCGCGAACUAGAACAUAUGAGCAAUAGACCCAAAGGCAACCCAAGCCACGCAAUGGAAACAGAAGCAAAUGAUACUCUUAAAACCCCUGACAAGCCCGGCCCAGAUCCCCCAACUCAACGUUGGUUCCGAUCUAUGUGAUGGGAGUUUGGGUACCCCGCGGCGCCAAUGAACUCGAACGCCCCCCACUAAGUCACAAUACAAUG